AUGACGAAACGAAAACCGCCGGCAGUGUUGUCAAUUGAAAAAAAGUACGACAUCAUUAGGAUGAAAGAAACAGGUGCGAAUCGAAAAAUGAUACUAGAAAAGUACGAUAUUUCAGUAACCUGCCUGGGCAAUAUAUAUACAGGGUGCGAAGAGAUUAAAAGACUAUUCCAUAUUAAGACAUUGGAUAUUAACCGUUCCAGAAAACAUAUAAAACGGCUACUUGUAUCGGAUCUAGAAAGAAUUGUUUACCACUUGUACUUACGAUGUAGGCAAAACAAAAUACAAAUGACAGGAACAGAGAUACAGAAAAAAGCUCUGGAAAUUAAUGAAAAAUUAAAGGGAAGACCCGAUUUUAAAGCCAGUUUCCUUUGGUUGGAAAACUUUAAAUUUCGUCACCACAUGACUGAUGAUGAUGUCAAGAAAGAUCUUCCAAUUCAAAGUAUAGAUGGAAUGGAUGCCUUCAAAGAUCGUUUUAAUAAACUUCUGAAAGACGAGGGUUUCACAUUGGAGAACGUUUACAAUGUCGUUUACACAGCAAUAGUGUGGAAAGGAGUACCAGAAACAACUUCGAUUUUUAGCCGUACGAAAAAGACAGGAAACCAACAAAUAUUGGAAGAUCAUGUUACUGUGCUUUUUUGUGCAAAUGCUACCGGAUGUCACAAGUUGCCGGUACUAAUAAUCGGCAGCUUUGGGGAUACUCAAGGUUUAUACAAUUUGAAUACAAAUGUCCUUUCAACUAUCUACAGAGCAAACGCCAAUGCUUGGAUGAGCAGUAAUAUUUUCAGUGAGUGGUUUAGGAAAUAUUUCUUAGAAUCAGUUAUAAAAAGACAACAGAAGAGGGGGUACAGGGAGAAAACGUUGUUGUUACUAGAUAAUACUAUGUUGCUUCACGAUCUCAGCGAUCUAAAUAGAAAAGAUGAAUUCGUUAAAGUUAUAAGUAUUCCAUCUAACAUAUCACCACUCAGACAACCAAUGAAUUGUGGAAUAAUUGGAAGUUUCAAGCGAAAGUACCGAAAAGAAUUGGUGAAAACAUUAGCUUCAUUACCUCUCCACAAUACGGAGGAAGGUGUGAUAGACAUGCAUGAAAAAUUAGACAUGUGGGAUUGCUACAACAUUGUAGAUGAUGCUUGGUCUUAUAUCGAUGAUGUAAUAUUGAGAAAUGCGUGGGACACCCUUUUGAAGCGUGACGUCCUGUGGAGUGCGCAAUAUUCAAUAAAAAUGAAAUAUGACGCAGUUAAAACAGUUGAAUUUCUACAUAGCUUACCUGGAUGCGAACGGUGCGAUGAAGAAAGUGUGUUAAACUGGUUUGAAAGUGACGACAUUUCUGAGAUAGUUAUGAAGAUACAUACCAACGAAGUUAUUCGAGAUUUUGAAAACAAAACUAGGGGUCGAGUGAACACAAAUUUCGACGAUGAAGUUGGGCCUUCUUGUUCAAAAGUUCAAAAAAUUAGUUAA